UGCGAUUUACGGUAUUGGGACUCCGCAGCUCUUUUACUGUGUCCUCUUCACUUUGUAACUUUGUUAAGUUAUUCCUUCUCACUUUUAAAACUGUGAGAUGGCUUCUCUAGCCAGGAGAAUUAUUAGCACAGCUAAAGCUCCUGCUGCCAUCGGUCCGUAUAGCCAAGCUGUGGUGGUGGAUCGGACAAUGUAUGUAUCAGGACAGCUGGGGAUGGAUCCUGCCACUGGACAGCUGGUGGAAGGUGGUGUUCAGACUCAAACCCAACAGGCUCUGGUGAAUAUGGGUGAAAUCCUUAAAGCUGCUGGGUGCGGUUAUAAUAACGUUGUCAAAACCACAGUGCCCUUAGCUGACAUAAAUGACUUUGCGAAGGUCAAUGAUGUCUACAAACAGUUUUUUACAACAAACUUCCCAGCCAGAGCUGCAUACCAGGCUGUUGCUCUCCCCAGAGAUGGACUGGUUGAGAUCGAGGCGGUUGCUGUUUUGGGGCCUCUGACCGAUGCUUCCUAACAAGCGUAUCAAUCAAACAAUGAAAAUUAUACUAUUUCAGAAAAUGUGGAUUAGCCAAACUGUUUUGAAGGGAACACAAAAACUGCCAAGACAAGCUUGCUCAAUUUUAACACAGCUAUAUUAUUUUUUAAAGAUCAAUAUAUUGAUUUUAGUUUUUUAAAGUGGGUAACCUGUCAGUCCAUCAGCAACCAGACUGGAAGCACUUUCUCUUCUCAUUAACAUUGAUGAGACGUGUUUGGACACUGCAUUUUCAUCUCCUGCUGCUCACAUUUCACUUACAAUAGUCAAUUAUCAAAGCUUGUUUGUUGACUUGAAUUACCAGAUCAACCUUUGUUGCCAUCAGUCAAACUCAUGACAGUAAGUAUAUUGCCCUUCAUUAUUUAUAAUCACAUAAAAACACAGUAAUAAAUGCUUCUAAAAUUC